AUGCUUCUCCUAGACUAUCAAAAUGUUCUCAUAGAGUCCCUGUUGAAGGAUCGUUUUUCGGGGGCACCUCCUGUCUCAAUUGACCAAGUCGUCUCCGACUUCGACGGUGUGACCUUCCACAUCUCCACGCCCGAGUCCAAGUCCAAGAUCCUAGUAUCCAUCUCCGUCAAAUGCUUCCAUGAGCUAGUGCAAUAUGGCGCUCAGUCAGUGUUGGAGCGGGAAUAUGGCCCUUAUAUCGUCCCGGCUGAGCAAGGCUAUGACUUCUCGGUGCAGGUGGACUUGGACAACCUCCCUGCAGAUCAAGACGCGCGAGAGGACCUGGUUCGCCGAAUCUCCCUUCUCAAGCGCAAUGCUAUGGCAGCACCAUUCGAGCAAGCCUUUGACGAAUUCGCCGAACUCCAAGAGCAAGCAUCCAAAUUCACCUCGGAGCAAGCACCUCAGGGUGUGCAAGAAGGAGGGGAGGUCCGUGCCAUACACUACCGAGAAGAAGAGGCCAUAUACAUCAAAGCGAGCCAUGACAGAGUGACGGUCAUCUUUAGCACUGUCUUCCGCGAGGAAACGGAUCGGAUAUUUGGGAAAGUCUUCCUUCAGGAAUUUGUGGAUGCUCGAAGGCGCGCGAUUCAAAAUGCGCCGCAGGUCCUCUUCCGCAACGAUCCCCCACUUGAACUUCAAAAUGUACCGGGUCUCGGAGCCUCUGGAACCGGAGAGAUUGGCUAUAUUACCUUUGUCCUAUUCCCUCGACACCUGACUAGACAACGAAGGGACGAUGUGAUAUCACAUAUUCAAACAUUCCGUGAUUAUUUCCACUAUCACAUCAAAGCAUCAAAGAACUUCAUAGGCUUACAUCCAUUCGAGGAUGCGGAGACGAACUGCGGACUUCCUCCAAGUGUUACGGCGAGCAAGGCCAGAAGGCGACGAGAAGGAACGGAAGACAGCAAGCGGCCGAACAUUCAAGGUACAAGCCUAAGUCAAAGUGGAAAUGCGCUCUACAAGCCUCCGAUCAGAGAUGUAUCAGCUUUACGCUGGAGCGGGUUCUGGUGUAUACUUCAAAAUGUGUUAGCGGUGGUCUACUCAGGAAAGCGGCGAAUUCUAGGAGCGCAACCACCAAACGCGCCUGUGCUCAUACAACGUCUCGCCUAUCGCCCAGCCGCGUGGCACGAACACGACGUCGUUUCUUCACACCCGGCCUCGAGUCCCCAACCUCCAUCGAUCCGCGUACUUCAACCUCAAUCCUUCAUCAUGGCGGACCAGAAGAAAGAAAACAACUUGGCGCAGUUCAAAUAUGCGGCCAUGUCGAAUUUGGUCCUCCAGGCGGACCGACGCUUCGUCACCCGCCGUGGAGAUGAAAACACUGGUGACCCCGAGUCACUGGCCGGCCGCAUAAACAUCCGCGACAUGGGCUCACGGACAGCGCGCGAGGAUGCGCCUGUUCAGAAAAAGAAACCGAAAGGACCUGCCGACGUGGAACGAGGAAGCAUCCGCGAAGGCGAGGACGUUCUGGAGAGAGAACAGAAAAAGAGGAAGCGUGGAGAACCCGCUCAGAUGCGUGGUGCAGGAAUACUUUCGCAGCAAGACCUGUUGGUGGAGGACUUGAAGUACCGGCCGAGGACACCUGCCACGAGAGGAACGUACGAUCUGAUCAACACCAUCGUUGGGAGGAGUCUUGGAGACGUUCCAAACCAUGUCACUCGAAGCGCUGCUGAUGCUGUGCUGGAGUACCUGAAAGACGAAAAUCUGAAAGACUUCGACCGGAAGAAGGAGAUUGACGACAUUUUGGGCUCCUCCAUGGGGUCCAAGGAGUUCAACGAGCUCGUAAAUCUUGGCAAAAAAAUCACAGACUAUGAUGCACAGGACGAAGACGAGGAUGUGGCACAUGCUGAGGAAGGGGCUGACGAUGUAGACAUCGACGAGAAGCAGGGUGUUGCCGUAGUGUUCGACGAAGAAGACGAGGAUGACGAAAACGCUGGUCAAACUUUCGAAGUCCGAGACGAGGAUGAAUCGUCUGACGACGAUGGCGACGACCUUGCUGACGACGACGGCACUGGAGCACCCGAGGAGGGACAAGGCAACGAUAUCGGGGGAGGAGAGGAGAUGAUCAUCGAAUCAGAGUCACUGCAAACUGGCGACACCAAGCGGAAGGGCGACGGGCUGAUCCCAGCCCACGAAAUUGACGCGUUCUGGUUACAGAGGCAGAUUGGACAAGUUUACAAGGACGCGCACACUCAACAAGAGAAGACCCAAGAUGCACUACAGAUUCUCUCCGGUCUUUCCGACGACGGGGAUGAGAAGCCACUUCGUGAGAUUGAGAACGACCUGAUGGAGCUGUUCGACUACGAGCAGCCCGAGCUUGUUGCCAAGAUGGUCCUCAACCGGGACAAAAUCGUCUGGGUGACUAAAUGGCGGAGAGCUGCUGAAGACAAAAACGCGAGAGCUGCUGUUGAGCGCGAGAUGAUUGCUGAGGGGUACAGAAAUAUUUUGAACGAGCUUCGCACGAGGGAGGACGCAACUGCCGGAGAGGCGCCCUCUAAUGCGAAGAAAAUCAAGCUGGACUUGAUGGACAUUGACGUGUCAAAUGGUUCUAAAGAUGUGGCCAUGACCGAUGCGCCCAAGGAAGGAGGUCUCGUUGGUGGACUGCAGCCGAAACGCCUCGUCAACCUGGACAAUCUCAUCUUCGACCAAGGGAAUCAUCUUAUGACAAAUCCCAACGUGAAGCUACCACAAGGCUCUACGAAGCGGACAUUCAAAGGCUAUGAGGAGAUUCAUGUUCCAGCCCCGAAAGCGAAGAAGGAUGCCAACGAACCAAAGAACAUGCCCGCGUCUGAGCUACCGGAUUGGGCGAGACAAGGAUUCGGCAAUUCCAAAGAGCUGAAUCGAAUCCAGACUCGAUGUUUCCCUACCGCCUUCAACGACGAUGGUAAUAUGCUCAUCUGUGCACCUACCGGCUCUGGUAAAACGAAUGUUGCUAUGCUAGCUAUGCUUCGAGAAAUCGGCAAACAUCGAAACCCGGAAACGGGGGAGAUCGCUCUCGAUGAUUUUAAGAUCAUAUAUAUUGCUCCGCUUAAAGCCCUGGUCCACGAGCAAGUCGGCAACUUUGGCAAACGACUCGAGCCAUACGGUAUUCGCGUUUCGGAGCUGACGGGAGACCGUCAACUCACGAAACAGCAAAUAGCUGAGACUCAGAUAAUUGUCACCACGCCCGAGAAGUGGGAUGUCAUCACCCGAAAGGCAACAGACACCAGCUACACCAACCUUGUUCGGCUUAUUUGCAUCGACGAAAUCCAUCUCCUACAUGACGAUCGAGGACCCGUCCUAGAAAGUAUCGUUGCCAGGACUAUUCGGCGGAUUGAGCAGACAGGCGACAACGUCCGAUUAGUGGGCCUCAGUGCCACUCUUCCCAACUAUCGCGAUGUCGCUAGCUUCCUUCGCGUUGACCCUUCCAAAGGUCUUUUCCACUUCGACGCAACAUUCCGGCCGUGCCCGCUGAAGCAAGAGUUCAUCGGCGUCACUGAUAAAAAGGCCAUCAAGCAAUUGAAAGCAAUGAAUGAUGUUUGCUACACCAAGGUGCUAGAGCAAGUAGGAGAGAAGCGGAACCAAAUGCUCAUUUUCGUUCAUUCGCGGAAGGAGACAGCAAAAACAGCCAAGUAUAUUCGAGACAAAGCUCUCGAAUUGGAAACGAUCGGUCAGAUCAUGAGAAGUGACGCAUCAAGCCGGGAGAUCUUAAGAGAAGAGGCCGAGACCAUUGCAAACUCAGACUUGAAAGAUCUCCUUCCCUACGGGUUUGGCAUACAUCAUGCUGGUAUGACGCGAGCAGACCGCAUAUCAGUCGAAGACCUCUUCUCAGACGGCCAUUUGCAAGUGCUUGUGUGUACGGCUACCUUGGCAUGGGGCGUUAAUCUCCCUGCGCACACAGUCAUCAUCAAGGGAACCCAGAUCUAUUCACCCGAGAAGGGUAGUUGGGUCGAGCUGAGUCCGCAAGAUGUACUGCAGAUGCUUGGCCGCGCGGGAAGGCCUCAAUUCGACACCUACGGAGAAGGAAUAAUCAUUACAACCCAAUUGGAGUUGCAGUAUUACCUCUCGCUCCUCAACCAGCAACUUCCGAUUGAAAGCCAAUUCAUCAGCAGACUCGCAGACAACCUCAACGCCGAAAUUGUGUUGGGGAACGUGCGGAGUAGGGAUGAAGGUGUCGAGUGGUUGGGUUACACGUACCUCUUCGUUCGGAUGCUUAGAUCCCCUGGGCUGUAUAGUGUUGGCGCCGAUUACGAAGACGACAAAUCGCUCGAACAAAAACGCGUAGAUUUGAUACACUCAGCUGCCACAGUCCUGGAAGCCUCUGGCCUUGUCAAAUACGAUAAGAGAUCUGGGAAGUUGACAACAACAGAACUCGGGAGGAUAGCCUCUCACUACUACAUUACGCACAACUCUAUGACGACCUACAAUCAGCAUAUCCAACCAUCGAUCACCUCCAUUGAGCUUUUUCGCGUGUUUUCUCUCAGCGAGGAAUUCAAAUACAUUCCUGUACGCCAAGAUGAAAAGCUAGAGUUGGCGAAGCUACUCAGCCGCGUCCCAAUUCCUGUCAAGGAGAGCAUCGAAGAACCUCAGGCUAAGAUCAACGUUCUCCUCCAAGCGUACAUCUCCCGCCUGAAGCUUGAAGGACUCGCCCUCAUGGCAGAUCUCGUAUACGUCACUCAAUCCGCCGGGCGAAUCCUUCGUGCCAUUUUCGAGAUCUGCCUGAAGAAGGGGUGGGCAUCAGUAGCAAAGAUUGCGCUAGAUCUUUGUAAGAUGGCAGAGAAGCGGAUGUGGCCUACCAUGACAGCCCUCAGACAGUUUACCACGCAAACAGCAAUGUGUCCACCCGAUGUGAUCCAGAAAGCUGAGCGGAUUGAUGUUCCCUGGUCCAGCUUCUUUGAUCUCGACCCGCCACGGAUGGGCGAGCUUCUAGGCAUGCCUAGGGCUGGCAAGCUGGUUUGUGGACUUGUAGAGAAAUUUCCCCGCCUUGAGGUGACCGCUCAGGUACAGCCUGUAACGCGAUCUAUGCUCCGCAUGGAGCUGACUAUAACUCCGAAUUUCGAGUGGGACGAUGCACUGCAUGGGGCAGCCGAAAGCUUCUGGAUUCUAGUUGAAGACUGUGACGGGGAAGAAAUUCUGUUUCAUGACCAAUUCCUCCUGCGCAAGACCUAUUCACGAGCCGAAAUGAACGACCAUCUUGUCGACUUCACAGUUCCCAUCACCGAGCCAAAGCCCCCCAAUUACUUUGUGACUGUCAUCUCAGACAGAUGGAUGCACUCUGAAUUCAAGUUCCCUGUCUCCUUCCAGAAUCUUAUCCUUCCAGAGAAGUUCCCUCCGCACACUCCUCUUCUUGAGCUGCAGCCACUGCCUAUCUCGGCCUUGAAAGUCAAAGAAUAUCAAGGUCUAUACGAGAGCUUGGGCCGUUUCAACAAGAUCCAGACUCAAGUUUUCAACUCUCUCUACUCUUCGGACGACAAUGUAUUUGUUGGCGCUUCCACGGGCAUCGGAAAGACAGUCUGCGCGGAGUUUGCUAUCCUGCGUCAUUGGACCAAAAACCUCGAUGGGCGCAUUGUCUACAUCGCACCAUUUCAGGAAGGUGUUGAUAACCGGUUGAUCGACUGGAAAGAGCGGCUCUCGACGAUUGCUGGAGGCAAGGAAAUCUUAAAGCUUACUGGGGACCUCACUGCCGACCUUCGACUACUAGAACGCGGAGAUCUUGUCCUAGCAACACCAAUCCAGUGGGAUAUCAUCUCCCGCCAGUGGAAGCGUCGUAAGAAUGUGCAGAGUGUGGCGCUACUGAUUGCGGAUGACCUACACAUGCUAGGAGGCCAGGGCGGGUAUACUUAUGAGGCCAUUGUCUCCCGCAUGCAUGCUAUGGCUUUCCAGGUGGAAUCCGGACUACGCAUAGUCGGUCUAAGCGUCUCACUUGCAAAUGCUCGCGAUAUUGGCGAAUGGAUCGGAGCGACAAAGCAUACGAUAUUCAACUUCAGCCCCCAGAUCCGAGCUGUCCCGCUGGAACUUCAUAUUCAAUCCUUCACGAUACCCCACUUUCCUUCUUUGAUGCUUGCAAUGGCCAAACCCGUUUACCAGUCGAUCAUCCAGCUAUCUCCUGGCAAAUCAGCGAUGGUCUUUGUUCCCAGUCGAAAACAGGUCCGGUCGACAGCUUUAGAUCUUCUUGCUGCCUGUCUGGCAGACGAUGAUGAGGAUCGCUUUCUCAAUGCCUCGCCAGAUGAGCUCGCGCCUGUGCUCGCAAAGGUGAAUGAACGAGCACUCGCGGAGUCUCUAUCUCAUGGCAUUGGGUACUUCCACGAAGCCUUAAGCUCCUUCGAUAAAAAGGCAGUCCAGCAUCUGUUCAAGGUUGGUGCCAUUCAAGUCAUGCUCGUCUCAAGGGAUUCCUGCUGGGAGAUCGAUCGAAAUGCCCAUCUCGUUAUCAUUAUGGGCACACAGUUUUUCGAGGGCCGCGAACACCGUUACAUCGACUACCCGAUUAGUGAGAUUUUGCAAAUGUUCGGGAAGGCGGGAAGAACCGGAGAGGACAAGACCGCCAAAAGUGUGCUCAUGGUCCCCGCCGUGAAACGCGAGUACUACAAAAAAUUUCUCCAUGAGGCACUCCCCAUUGAGAGCCAGCUGCAAGGCUACCUGCCCGAUGCCUUCGUAGCGGAGAUUAGUUCGAAGACUAUCGAAUCAAUGCAGGAUGCAGUCGACUGGUCGACCUACACGUACUUCUAUCGCCGACUACUGGCUAAUCCCAGCUAUUACGGACUUACGGAUCCUUCUCAGGAUGGGCUGAACGCUCAUCUCUCCGACCUUGUUGAGACAUCACUAAAGGAGCUCGUCGAAGCUAAGAUCAUCGAGCUGGACGAGGACGAUGACUCCAUCACGCCCUUGAAUCCAGCAAUGAUUGCAGCCUAUUAUAACAUCUCCUUCAUCACGAUGCAGACAUUUUUGCUAUCUCUCACAGGCCGCACGAAGUUGAAGGGAAUUCUCGAAAUUGUCACCUCCGCAACGGAAUUUGAAGGCAUACAAAUCCGUCGCCACGAAGAUAAAAUUUUGAGUCGAAUCUACGAUCGACUUCCAGUGAAGAUGGCAGAAGCAAGCUACGAGUCACCACACUUCAAAGCCUUCGUGCUUCUACAGGCUCACUUUUCCCGCAUGCAACUGCCGGUCGAUUUGGCAAAAGAUCAAGAGCUCAUAUUGCGUAAGGUCCUCAACCUGCUUAGCGCUUGUGUAGAUGUUCUUUCUUCGGAAGGCCAUCUCAACGCAACAACUGCGAUGGAGAUGUCCCAGAUGGUAGUUCAAGCGAUGUGGCAAUCGGAUGGUGCCCUGAAGCAACUUCCCCACUUCGAUGAUCAGGCACUCAAGGCAGCCAAGGAAUUCAACAUCAACGAUGUCUUUGAGUUCAUGGACGCGAUGGACCCAGAAACAUACCCGCAAUACGAAGCCCUUAUCGAGAAGCUUGGAUUUGACGGGCAGCAAUUGUUAGAUGUCUCCAAAUUCACGAAUGAGUACUAUCCCAACGUUGAACUUUCUUUCGAAGUGGACCGCCCGGAGGAGAUUGUUGCGGGCAGCCCGUCAUGCCUCAACAUUACAAUCGAAAGGGAACUUGAGGAGGAUGAGGAACCAAAGACAGAGGUCUAUGCGCCCUACUUUGUGGGUAGCAAGAGCGAAAACUGGUGGUUGGUCAUUGGCGAAGAGUCAACAAAGAAUCUGGUGGCCAUCAAGAGGAUCACUUUUGGGAAGAGCUUCAGGACGAAGCUUGAAUAUGUGGUUCCAACUGCUGGCAAACAUGAACUAACGCUCUACCUGAUGAGCGACAGCUAUUGUGGUGUGGACCAAGCGCCAAUAUUCAAUGUAACCGCAGCAGAAGGCGAAGACGAUGAUGAUGAGGAAGAGGACGAGGACGAGGAUGAAGAAGAGUGAACGAAGGUACAGGCUCGACUCUAUGCUAGGCAAGGAAUGCUCAAUUGACGGAACGGAGGGGCUAUAAUGAUGUAAUGGUAGUAACAGUUGGACGAGAAAGUCCCAAUAUAUCUCUGUCUCUUCAAACUACUGCUGAUAAGUUGCCUCUACAUGAGUCCGACGAGGAAAGAUGUAACUAUAUCCAAUCUGUUACGUCCCCCUAGCACGAGCACGAGCACGAUCAUAAUCACGUGCUAUAGAUCAGGUGACGCCUGAUCACGUGCGCACCGGAAAGCUAUCCCUUAACCCGCUGCGGCGCAACGCUCGGGCCAGGCUUGGCGGAACAUCGUACCGAGCUGUACGCUGGGGCAUCAACACAGAAU